UCUCGCCGAAUCUCUCCAGUUUUCUUCGAUAAACAUCAUUCAUUGAGAAUUCAAGUGACAAUCUCGAGUUUUCGUCGAAAUCGUUAAUCUCAUUUUGAUUCAGGUAGGAUUCAACUGGUUUCCUCUCUAGUAUCUUCGUCGAAAUCACAAUUUCAGUAUAUCUUCUUCCUUCACGCCACAUAAAAAGAAUACGAACCCUAAAUUUCUUUCGUAGUCAGAAGCAGAAGUAGUUUCAAAAGAGGAUUACCAUUCCGAUGAGAACAAGGUUGCAGUAGUUAAGUAGGCUCUUUGCAUUAGUGACAAGAUGUCUACCAGGAAACGUCGUGUGGCUGAUGCUCCUGCAGCUGAAAAGGAGGAUGAAGGAAAUAUGUCUGAUACUCCUUACGAGUUACUUGGAGCAACAUCUGCAAUGAUUGAUCCACCUCCUAAAAGACCUAGAGGUCGCCCACCUAAGCCCAAAUCUACUUCAGUCAGUUCAUUAAAGAAGAAAACCGAAGAGCCAAAACCAGUAGGUCGACCUAAGAAGGCUCCUAAAAGACCAGGUAGACCGCCGAAGCCAGCAAAGCCUGUCAAUGUUGAAGAAGGUGGCUCUGAUGCUGCUGCUGAUAUAAACAACGAGUUGCAUGCUCAGAUUUAUGCCCUAAAUUCCAAGCUUCAGGUUGCUGAUUCGAAGGUUGCAGAGUUACUGAUGCAGUCAGAAACACGGGAAGAAGUGAUUCGCAACUUAGAAGAAGAGCUUAGCGAGACAGAGAAAAUACGUAAAAAGCUUCAUAAUGAAAUAAUGUUGCUUAAAGGCAAAGUACGUGUUUAUUGUCGAGUACGACCUUUUAUACCUGAUAACCGUCUAGAUAACAGAAUGAGUACGAUAACAUACCCUAAAUCAAUGGAGUUUAAAGGCUGCAGCCUCGAGUUAAUGCAUAAGGAUCAGAAGUGUAGGUUUAAGUUUGAUAAGGUAUUUAGCGAGGAGGCAUCCCAAGAAGAUGUAUUCGUAGAGGUUUCGCCAUUGAUACAGAGUGCACUUGAUGGCGAUAAGGUGAGUCUUAAUGUGUUUUGCUGGUCAGGUAUGAAUACAUUGCCUGCUCAUUCAUUUAGGAAUUCUUUAUUAUUACGAUCAUGGAUUGCAUUCUUAAUAACAGGUGCACUCUUUUUAGAAAGAAAUCCUCCCAGACUUAAAUGAACUUUUGUCCUCGGAGUUUUGUCAAGCUUCUUUUGAAAAAUGUCGUUGUCUUACUCGUUGUGACUGCUUCUGCGUAGUUUUGUGAUCCUUGCAUUUUUUGUAAUGAUUUACUAAUGUGCUUCCCUUUUAAGAUUUCGGGUUUAUGGUCUAAAAUAAAGUCGAA